AUGGCAUCCGCUAGCCCUUAUGGAAAGGUCAACCCAAUGGAUCAAGAAAAGUUAAAUCACCAAAGAAAGAGAAAAAAGAGAAUCAUCAUGAUAUCCAUAUCCGCCUUUCUCCUUGUCGGAGUUGUGGUUGGAGCCGUGGUUGGUACAACCGUCGGUAGGUCAAAAGACUCUACCGACAAUGACCAAAAACCUCAAGUCUCCGCCGCCAUCAAGGCGGCGUGUGAGGUCACACUCUACCCUAAUACUUGCAUAGGAAGUCUUUCAUCGAAAUCCAACUCAACUCAACAAAAUUUCACUCCCGAGGAUAUUUUCAAGUGGGCGGUACAAGCGGCGGUUGAGGAACUCACCUCGGCCUCUAAACGCUUCAUCCCCGAGGCUUCAGCCGACAAUUUCACAACCGCCGCUUUCGCCAAUUGUCGCGAGCUCCUCGACCUAGCGCUCGACCACUUAAACGACACGUUGUCAUCAGCCGACGAAAUAACCUCUCUCGACUCCGCGGUUGAAGACUUGCUCACGUGGCUCAGCGCUGCCGGGACAUACCAAGAGACAUGCAUGGAUGAUUUCGGCGAUUCUUUAAAUGACACCAUAUCGAACUACCUCAAGAUGUCGUCGGAGUUAACUAGCAACUCAUUGGCUAUGGCUAACCAAUUCUCAAAAUUCGCGAAGGGGUUCAAAUUGGGACGACGUUUGUUGGCAGACAAUGGAAGCGACGACAAUGUUUCGUCGAUGCCGGAUUGGUUGCCGAGGACGGGGAGAAGUUUGCUUCAGUUGAAUGGUAUAAAGGCGGAUGCUGUGGUGGCCAAGGAUGGGUCGGGGAAGUAUAAAACAAUAAAGGAUGCGAUUAAGGCAGUUCCACAAAAGAGUAAGAAGAGGUUCGUGAUCUAUGUGAAGAAGGGUGUUUAUAAGGAGAAUGUUGAGAUAUCGAAAAAUACAUGGAAUGUUAUGAUGAUUGGUGAUGGCAUGACAGCAACCGUUGUCACCGGUAGUCGUAACGUAGUGGACGGAACUCCAACCUUUCAAUCUGCAACUUUCGCGGUGAAAGGAAAGGGUUUCAUAGCGCGAGACAUGGGAUUUCAAAACACCGCCGGAUCAGCAAAGCAUCAAGCCGUCGCUCUAAUGUCAACUGCCGACCAAUCCGUCUUCUAUCGAUGUCGAAUGGACGCUUUCCAAGAUACCCUUUACCCUCAUUCCAACCGCCAAUUCUAUCGGGAAUGCGUAAUCACCGGUACAGUUGACUUCAUCUUUGGCAACUCCGCCGUCGUCUUUCAAAAUUGCAACAUUAUUCCUCGGCUUCCCAUGAAAGGCCAACAAAACACCAUAACUGCCCAAGGCAAAUCCGACCCAAAUCAAAACACUGGCAUAACUAUCCAAGGAGGAACCCUAACUGCCGCCGGCGAUCUCAUUGGUAAAUCGGUAAAAACAUAUCUUGGUAGGCCAUGGAAGAAUUACGCCACUACCGUUUUCAUUCACACGAAUAUGGUGGGUAAUUUGAUCACUCCUGUCGGUUGGUUACCAUGGGUUGGAAAUUCGGCACCGGAUACUAUUUUUUACGUGGAAUAUCAAAAUUCCGGAGUUGGUUCCUCUACGAAAAACCGGGUUAAGUGGAAGGGAUUGAAGCUUAAUCUUCCUGCUAAUCAAGUGUCCAAGUUUACUGUUAAUUCAUUCAUUGGUGGAAAUAAUUGGUUGCCAGCUACGGGAGUUCCAUUUCUUCAAGGUCUAUAA